GUGUGUGGCGGGGAGUUUGGAGAUUCAUGAUCUUUGAGGUCCCUUCCAACCCGGGCCAUUCCGUGGUUCUGUGAAUGCCCACAUGUAAUCAUUCCGAAGAAGUGCAAAUGCACUUAGGAACAGAACAUUCUGCCUAAUCCUCUCUUUGUAUCUUCUCACUGUGUGUGAAGGUGUUCUUUUGUUUGGGAGACUGAUUCCUACUGAAGCUGUUGUUUGUAGGGGGUAUCCAAUGGGCAGGCUGUGCACGUGAUGAUGCACACAAGUGGAACAUGACUCACUUCUUGUUACGCUCUGAAGCUUUCACUUUGACACUGAAACACCCAGUUCUCAUCUAUUUGUUUAUUUUUGUGUAUCUAAUAAUCAUUAAGUAAGCAUUUUCUAUGCUUAGGCUAGCAGAGUCUGGAUAAAUUCUUCCUGGAAUAGUCAAGAAUACCACUGAGACAGUUUCUGAACAUCAGUGAUGAUUGCAGAAAAUUCAGAGAUUGGGUAAGAUAGGCAAAGCAAGAGAAGGAAAGUACUUAGGUAAGGGAUGAACCCGGGAAACUUACAGAGCCACCAGCAACUUUCUUGGCAGCAGGAAAGAUGCCAGAUACUUCUGUUUAUUUAGAAAUCACUUUGCAAGCAUCAGCGGGAUAAGCUGGUUAGGAAAAAUCAGUGCAAGUUUCUCAACGAAACAAGCAUGCCAAGCUAAGAGAUGAGGUUCAGUGGAGGAUUGUUCCAGAUCCAGUACUGCUCUGUGCUUUCCCAUGACUUGAAGCUGUAGUGGUGGCCCUUCAGCCAUCUGUCUUUUUCUUGGCUUGGUUCCUGAUCCAGUUCCCAAUCAGUGUGCUGUGCAUGUGCUGACACGAAGAGGAGGCAGGAGUGAGAGCAGGCACAAACUGGGCAGGAAGAAGGUGACCUUAUUUCAUCGAGUGGGAUUGUCAAUGUUUGCUAGUUUUUGUUGACCUGGGUUUUAGCUUACAGUAAGGAAUACAUUGGUACCGAUCUAGGAGGGAUUCUGAGUGCUUUGUCUGCAGCAUGAAGAAUAUCUUAGUAAGAAUAGGGCAUAUUUAGAACAAAUGGGUCAGAUGCAUUAAUACAAAAUAUGCAGCAUCUGAUUAAUCUUCCUUGACUCUCUUCAUAUCUAACACUGGGGUGUCAGUUGUCAGGUCGUAAGCAGAAUAAUAUUAUCAAAGUUAUGUUCUUAUAAAGAAAACAAAUAUUCGGGAAGGCAUCAGUACAGGAAUUGAGUGUGAAACUUGGCCUCAAUUAUCUUCUCAUCAGAGCUUCUGAGGUGUUGGUUCUGAACUGCAGACUUGAAGAGUAACACUGCUGAUGGGAACUAGAAAGAGCAAAAGUGGCAAAGAGCUUGAAAGCUCUGUUCUGCUAGUAAGGGGCAAUAAAACUAGAUUUGCUUAUUAUAGAAGAUGCUUGAGGGCACAGUAACAGUAUUCACAUGUGUAGGAAGGCAGUGGCUGUCUUCCAUCUCAGAUACAAAUUAAUCUUAUCUUCACUGUUCUAGACUUGCUUUGGUUGAAUGUGAGGAACUCCAGAAAUUGGGGUAGUAAGCACUGGAGCAGCUCACCCAGGGAAGCUGUGGAAUUCUUCCUGUGCUGCUGCAGAGGGCAAAUGAGGCCAAUUUUUGCUUUGGAGUGGAGCACAGAGCUCUUGAGCUCUGUUUCAGCUCUGUGGUGUACUGUUAACAAAAACAUCUCUGUGCAGAAGGUACGUUGGUGCUUCUAAAUAUGAACACGAGUAUUCUCAAGUUCCUGUCCCAUCCCACCCAGUACCUCAGUGUGAGAUACAUGAGUUCUAAGGCAGUGACAGGCCAAGAUUUUGGGAUCAGUUAAGAGCCGUGGUUUUACACAUCCUCUGCUGCUGCUCAGUUUCUUCACUCAGUUGAUUUGUGUUGUAGUUACAAGGUAGGGGCUUGGUUACCUCACCCUCACAAUUUCCUGUAUGUGCAUUUUCUACCUUUUAUGCACACGUUCUUAUUCCCUUCACAUUCUCUGCUUCUUAGAUUUUAUAGCAUCUCUUUUGGAAUCUUUCAGUUUGCUCCUAGCCUAAGUAGGACUUGUGCCAGCUGUAGCUCAUUGUGCCAAACAGAGCACAUGCUCCCAACAUGCAGCUAACUGGCCAGUGGAACAUAUGUAUGCAGAGGGAGUACCUUAAGCACUGCAAGUUCUGCUGCAGAAUCAAGAAUGCUCAAGGCUAGGUGCUGGUUUGGGUUGGCUUGCUCGGCUUAUGAUGUUGUAGUGCUCAGAGCAGAUCAGAGUAAGAGAUGCAGGGCUGUCAUCGGUUCUGUCUUCCGUGCUGUUGGUGCGUGGAGCUUUGUGAGUUGUCAGCACUUUGAGCAGCAAUAUCACUGCCUCCAAAAUAAUGCCCCUCUGGAGGAUGUGGUGCAGGAUAGGCUGUAUCCCUCUCCCUCAGCAGGCAGCUCAGUUGCCAGAGUCUGCCUGGGAGGAAAACCUGUUGCAGUGAAGGCGUGGAUGUCGUAGCAGAAGCUGAAAUAAAUUGGCAGGCUGGGCCCAGCAGGUGUUGGCCACUGAAGUUUAUUAGAACUUUAAAGGUUUUAAUCUAGAGAGGAAGAAGCUUCUUGGCAUUUUGUUAUUAAAUUAUAGAUGAGGAGGGACUUAGUUGAUAAGAAUUUGAGGAAUCUUUGGCUUUGAAAAUCAUGUAAGAACUUUAGAUGGCCCUGGUUCUCCGUCUCCCUCUUCUACUGCCUUGGUCAGCUCUUGUGCCAUACACACUGCAAAAUGAGUGCUAAAUGGGGGGGAAAAAACCCAGCAGGUAAGUGAGCAUCCGCAUGUCCUUUCAAUGUGAGUAGAUUGCCAGUUUUUCAUCUCAGUGAAGUGGGAAGCAAAACUGCAGCCACCUACAGAAGAGGGUCAAGUGACACCCUGAGUCAUCAAAGUAGCAAACAGAGUUACAUCUCAUUUUAUAUUUUACUUGGCAAUAGGUGAUCCUUACUUAAUACCAAUAACAAAAUUAAUUGGGCACGAGAUAUCCUUAAGUAUUAGUAGUUCUCAUCCUGGGAGCUUAAGAAAGUGAGCGAAACAGGAGCUUCGAAGCUGUGUUGUACAUCAGUACAGGACGUUCCAUGGUAUUUGACUCUCCACAAAACAUCAUGUGCAUUGCUAGCAGCAAAUGGUUACAGAUCAGAUUGGCCACAUGUGCUAUAGAUUGAGUGCACUAUGGUGUCUUUAUGAGCACAUCUUUCCUUACUUUUCCUUGCUUCCUUUGAACCUGAGAUUAUUUAUUUCCCUCGGUUCUUACGCAGUUCCAGCUGUGUUAAUUAGCUGAAGAGUCAAAGCUGUCCUAUCCAUUGAGACUGACUUUGUAGCUGUGGUGUGCAGCGUAGUUAUGUGUGCAAUACUUGAAGCAGCACUGAUAUCAACAGCAAUUUAGAAGCAGCAUUGUUUCUGUUCACGCCCUCUGGACGAGCACAGUGUCAUACUGUGAAUGUUCUCAGCGGCUGUAAUGUGCUUUGGAAAAGAUAGACAAUUUCUGCUUAUUUUUGGUAAAAGCCCGCAUAUCACAGCGUAAAGAGAUGUGCAGCUCUGCUGGCUGAGCUGGUUAGCUGUGGGGCUGUGGUUGGUUUGGGCCAACUGGAUUAGCAACCUGCUUUGUUAGCAGUGUUUAUUAUUGGGGUACUGGAGGAUUUGUAAGAGCAAUAAUCUUUAGUUCUCAGAGUUCUGGACUCACCGUGAGGUGCUUUGAUCUCUUGCUGUAUUCACACAGCAAGUCAUACAGGGCUAGGGCUGUACUCACUGUGCUCAAGUGUUCCUGCAUCUUUCCUGAGCCGGCGUCCAAGCACGCUGUGGGAGCUGGAGGGAUUACAGAAGCCUUCCCUCAUGAGCAGUGCGGCCCGCGCGGCACCGUGGGCAUGUGGUGGGUGUUAGCAGUGCUCGUGUGGGGCUCUGCUGUUACUCGCAGUGCUGUACGCUCUUUAUGAUUCAUUAGUCUGCUUUAAGCACAAGCAGGAAACCAUUAAAGCUACCUGAAAUAUGAGUAUUAUUUCCUGUUGUGGCAAACUAAUUAUCUCGGGGCAUAUUUUGAAUGAAAUGUUUGGGACUGGGGCAUUCUGUUUUACUGCAAUCCUUAGUGGUAUUUAUAUGUAUUCAAGGCAAGUACUGUGGCUUGUAUUUUGCAUCUCUGCUUUUAUGGGUGUUGAGAAAAUAAUUAUGUACACAGCAUGCCUUAGCAUUGCAACCUGCAGUGCCUUAGCAUUGCAACCUGGAACGCUUUCAGACUUGAUGCUGGCUGCAAACUGCUCACAGAAGACUCUAUUUUUGAAGAAGUGAAACUUCAACAGGGACUCUUAGAAUCCUUCAAUGAAAAAAUAGAUAAUUUCUAUCAGGUAACUCUUUGCACAUAGAGCGGAAGGCUCCACUGUCUUCGCAGAGCAUUAUUUGUGUGGCUGCCGUACCCAUUUCUUUUGGUGUGACAGAUCCUAGGUAGCAAGGAGAGGGAAAAUAGAGUGAGAGAAAUGAAAGUAGCGUGGCAGAGGGGAUUAAAAUGAGAAGAAAGUGCAUUCACAUAAUCAGGUCAAAUCAAACAGGCAGAAUAAAACAACCAGUACACAGGAAUAAUUUAAGAGUACCCAACUGCAGUAUAAUGCAGUUCUGUUUUCUGGAGUUCUGCAUGUUGUUCUGGUCUGAGGGUAGCUUGGGCAAACGCAGUGUAGUGUUGGUUCUGUUUGCUAUUGGGCCAGUUCUUGCUUCAGCAGCCCAGCUUGCUGGGGCAAUGAGUGCAGCAUUGUGUCCCGGGGGCACGGGGUGCUGCCAUUCCCCAAAGCUCUGCCUCCCUGCGCUGCAGGGGUACGUAUGUGUGGUGCUUCUGUGCUCCUGGCUCUGUGCUUUCAUUUCAGUGGGCCACACGGACCUAUUCCAAACUUCUUAAACGAUCUCCCUGACUGAGGACUUAAGGUCUCACUUUUAGGUGUCACAGCUAUUUCUCAGUUUCCCUUUACUGGCUGUUUCCAGCAUCAGUGGCCACAUUCUGGGCGCCCUAACGCCCAGGUGCUGCUGAGUCCCCAAGGAGUCUGCUUUUCCUUUAAUGAGAACCUCGGUCUUUAUGUGAUUGUUGUCAGUGGAAUUGGAAAUACAAGCAGAAGAGAGCACAGUGCCCAAGUUAACGUCCCCUGUAGCUUUUUGGUCAAGCAGAAAUAAUGUAAAUUCCCAUCCUGCUACUUCAGAAGCUCGAAAAGAGGCUUGUUAUUCAAAGGGCUAAAAAUGGGCCAGACCACCAGUCUUUUUUUCCCCUUAUAACUUAUGCUGUCCGUAUGCUCGCAGCGUUGAGUCAGACAGAUGUGAGACUACCCAUCUCCACUGCUCUUGGGAGCUGAGAUCCAUGUAACCAUGGAGUAACAGGAGUUCUUCCAAAACUGAACACAGCUCUCGGUCGGAACUACUCCCACGGAUGCUGUAGUGGAACAGCUGCUGGAGUAGCACAGCUCGGGGUGCUGCCUCGUGAUGUGGUUUGUUCUGGACGUAGCUCUCAUCCUUUAGAGCAUCUGGUGUAACGUAUGUCAGAGCUGUAGCUCAGAACCUUCCUUGUUUAAACAUUUUGUCCUCGGUGAGUUUCUUUGUUUCUCUUUUUGCUGUUAGCACACAGUACUGUUCUGCUAAAUCAAAUAUCAGUGUUGUUUUUGGUAUCCCUCUGUUAUCUUUUGGUGUCCUAUUUGCCCCGAGUAUCCUUAUUCAGGUUGACCAAAACCACAAUAUUAAAUUACCUUCAAUUUUUUAAAAAAUCUGAUUGAUUUCUUUUUCUGUUCACUGCUUAUCCUCACAGUCCCUUUUCUGGUUUCACUUCUGAUUUUUUUUUUUAUUUUUUUUCUCAUUUUCUGUUCUUUCCAAACUGGAUUUUUUUCUCUUAUCUCAAAUGCAAACAGGAAAAAGAUAAUGACAACAAUCCUUUGGCCAAAUGUAAAUAGGAAAAUAUGGAAUCAGCACAGAUCUCCUAGUGGUUGCUCAGUGAUAACCCCCUCCCAGAAGAGGCAGCUCUGUAAGCAAAAGAACUAACGAAGAUGUGUUUCCUAUGUGCUUGUGCAUAGUGGCCGAUGAGCCUCGGUGCCUUGGGUACCAGGAACAAUCUCAGGUGGGAUCUUCUCCUGCACAGACCUGCAUAAGGUUCUGCCCUGCAUGCAUCACCUGCCCAGAGCAAUAGGACUGAGCCGUGCUCCAGAGCAUUCCUUUGCCAGGGAGCUCAUCAGGUCCUUCGUGCCCACCUGGCUGUGUGACACCUGUAGAUCCCCACUACUUGUGCCCUCGGUGCCAGGUGAUAAAUGACCAAACAUCCUGGCUCACAAGUGAUUGAGGGAUGACCACAGAGAAUUGCACGCACAAACAAGGCAAUGUUAUUUCUCUUGAAAAUUGUGCAAAGCCCAAAUCCCUUUCGUUUGUAAGUCACUUUGAAAGCGUGCUGAUGCUUUCUGGCUUCAGCCUUUGUAUCAGUGGGGCUGCAAGCUGGCUUUGUCAUUAUGUUGGUGGAGUGAGAUCAGCACCUGCAGCACAGCAGUGUUCCUCUGUACCGGUGCUCCAGGGGAUGCUUCAGGUGUCAGCCCUGGUUUAAUGGUGGCAAUGGAAACUAAGGAGAGCUCAGUGAACUGGUGUUGUGGUGGUGUUUUUCAAUCUUGGUACCCAGUGAAAUUUCUGUUUGUUUGUUUGAAAGGGCAGAGGUGCUGCAGGAGAGCACGGUGUUCUUCGGGGGAUAAGAGCCCCCUCUCUGUCCUCCUUAUAACAGCUCAUUUUGUCCCUUUUCAGUAGAGUAAUUUUAGUGCUCUGGAACCAACAAUGUUUAUCCCGAGUAACAGUUUCAUAUUUCCAAGCACAGUUUGCAGCUGCCAGGAAAAACAAGCUUGAGUUUUCAGUUCAUUCAGAGCAACUGUAACGAGGGGUGUUUUAAACAGGGGCAAAACUUAGAAAUUGGAAAAUAAGGUUUGGUCUGGAGAUUCCAGGGCAGCCUGAAAUAUCAUUUUUUCUCAUGCGUGUCUAAAUCGUGGGGUAAUGGAUCUCCUCAUAGUUUGUUUUUGAGAGCUGUUUUUCUGUCUUUAAGCAUUGCUUAUUUCCAUUUAUCCCAGUAUUUCAAAAUGUCCUUAUUUUAAUUUUCUAGAGCACAAGGAAUUCUUACAUUUUACUUAUUUCACUCAAACUGUUUGCAUUCUUUCAUUUUUUUGACUUUUUGUAAGGCGUUUUGUUAUAAAACUUGUAACUGUUGAUAACUGCAUGAUAGGUUGAAGGGUGCUUUAGAUGCUUAUUAGACAAACAACUACAGCUCUGGCUGCCAUCAGUUUCCAACUGCCACACCUCAAAGCUUGCCCACAACUUUCUGUUGCUUGGAAGUUGUCCCUGUAGCUGUGCAACGAGUGUCCUCUGCUCCAGUCCUAUUUCUGUUUCCUCACAAAUGCAUCUGUGCCGCGAUCCAAGAACGGGACGUGUUCCAGAAUGGCAGGAUGAGAGCAGCCCGGGCUGGAAGGAACCUGAGGAGAUCCCUUGGCACAACCUUUGGGCACAAAGGGACAGGGAAUGGGAUCCUGCCUGCUUGUGUCCUGCUGUGUGCUUGCAUGUCCCACGUGUGCUGUCAGACUGCUGCGUGGCUCUGGCUCCGUAGUCAGUCUGUAUUCCUUUCUUGGGCAGGCUUGGUCCCGUGUCACUAUGUCUCGGGAUCAGACGGUGUGUAAGUACUGUGGCGUCAGCUAUUUGAUACUGCAUGAAUUUAAGGUGAUGGAAGAAAAAAUAAAAGCAAUGGAAAAGGAGAUUAAGUUUUAUGAAGGAAGUCUAGAACGGGAAAAGGGACUUCAAGAAGAACUGCAGUCUCUUUACCAAGACCUUGAACGCUGCCGAGCUGAUGGGAAAUCUAAAACAGAAAGAAUAACAAGCCUAACGAUGGAGUUAAAAACCAAACAAGAUGAACUAAAAAACGUGAAAGAAGAUUUGCGGUAUUUCCAGGAAGAAAAGGAAGCUGCCCAUAAGCAAUCCCAGGUGCUCAGAAGUACAUUGGAACACCAUUGCUCAACUCUGAGCAGGGCUGUCUCACUGUUUCCUUUCAUCAGAAGAGAACUAGAAAGUAUUAAAGAAGUUGUGUCCAGUAACCUAGAGAGCUGGGCUGGCCUGAAAGAAGAAAUUUUUCAACAAAUAAGAACUGUUAGCAAGGAAGCUUUGACAGAAAUACCCAAACUGAAUCAAAAGUUAGCAAAGUCCCAGAGGGAGAACGAGUGCCUUCAGGAAAAGGUAAAACAUCUGACUCUGGUGGCUGAUACGGUAGAGCUGAAAACUCAACAGCUUCAAACUUCUCUUCAGCAAGGGAGUGAGCUGCAAAGCAGAUGCCAUGAGCUACAAAAAGAAACAUUAGAUUUAACUAAUCAAGUUGAGACCACUGAACACAAGCUGCAGAAGGUAACAGCUGAGAUGGAUCACUACAAAAAGCUGCUAAUGGUGAAAUCAGCAGAACUUGAUGUGUGUCAAAAUGAACUGAAAAAAAUGAAAAAUGAAAAUGGAAUUUCUGAGUCAAGACUUGCAAAAGAGCUCAAGGAAAAGGAAGAAUCUCUACUGAUUUGCCAACAAGUGUGCAAACGUUUGCAGGAAGAGGUGGCUGAGAAGGAGAGGAGAGAAGGAGAUCUAAGAAGAAGAACCAGUCAAUCAGAAACUGAACUGGAAACACUUAAAGCUCUUCUCACACAAACAGAGGAAGAGGUGGUGAUGUUGAAGCAAGAAAGGGAGUUAAUGCUGAUUUCUCAUCAGAACAGAACAGAACAGCUGCAGGAAACAUUAAGGCAGAAGAUGCGGAAUGAAGAUAACUGGAGGGAGAAGGUGGAGAUUGAUCUGGCCAAAGGUGAAGCACGACACAAAGAAGCAAUUCUCAAAGUCAAAGAAGAAGCCAGAGUGGAACUAGACACUGAAAGACAAAAGCAGCAAGAAUUAAUCACAAAAUACCAGAGAGAUCACGAAGAGCUCCAGAAGAAGAUACCUGAAUUAAUAUCCAGUGCCACCAACAGCUUACGAAUGGAGGCAGAAAUUCUUGAAAAGAAGCUACAAGAUGUCCAGAUCAAACUUGCAGAGAAAGAUGAAGAGAAAGAAAAAGAAAUUCAGAGCCUUAAAAGGCUGAUUACUGAACUUGAAUUUCAGCUGAAGGUGGAACAGAACAAUAACGAAUCAUUACUGGGUAAUAUGAGGAAAGAAAUUAAACACAAGUCAGAUGAACUGGAAGAAUUAACCCAGGAGAGGACGCAGCUGAUUCACAGUUUGAGUCAAGUGCAAGAGGAGAACACUCUUCUCCAGGAAACGGUGCGCAGAGAGUGCGAGGAACGCUAUGAGCUGACUGCAGCUUUGACUCAAGCCAGGGAACAAGUACUGCAACUCAGAAAGCUCGGUGGAAACUUCCCGUUAUCGCCGCGUUCUCCGGCUCAGGGCAGCCUAACCUCCUCCCCUGCCCUGCGUGCCGAUUACGGACGCAGCAGCCGCCCAGGGGGGGCCAUCCAUCCCUCGGGGCAGGUCGGCGUUCCCCGAGCUGUGCAGGCACCCGCUGGCAGGCCCGGCAGUGUGACUUUGCCAGCCCUCAGAGGCCGGGAGAGCGCGGCCAGGAGAAGGCAGAGGAGCCAACUCUGACACGCGGGGAAGCUCUGCGCUGUCGGCCACUCAACUGUUGGCCCUGGGCAUCAGGUGUUGCCUGAUGAACGUCGUGCAUUUCUACAGCUGAGAAUUAAGUUACGUUCUGAUGUAUUUUUGAUGCAAUAAUGUUUAUUUGUCCGUUGCGUAUCAAUGUAAUUAAGUGCUAUCUACAUUCCAAGAUGGGAAAAGUAAGAAUGAAAAAAUAAUUGCCUCUCAAAAAGGUGCACGUAUUCAAGAAGUGUAAUUAAAAUAAUUACCGACUUCAAAGGCUGUUCUCCCUAAAGCACUUCAUUGGAAUUUUCCCAUUUUGUGUGUUGUCCCUUGUAACUUCAUUGUGCGUUUCUGGUGUCAAAAUGCAAUUUGUUUGGUUUGAACCAGAUAUAUGCCAUUAUUUCGUGGAGCAGUGUGCACCCAUUGCCUGGGCAGCCUCCCCCAGACACUGCAGCCAUCUUCCCAACAGUGCCAGCACGGACCUGAGCUACCCAGCUGGGGAUGUUGAAAAGUGGCAGUCUGAAAGAUGUGGAAGUAAUUCCACUGAAGCACAGCUUCAUGAAAUCCAUUUUUCUACCAUUCCACAGAGGCACAAAGAAUGAUUGGGUGUUCCCUUCUCUGUGCUUGCUGAGAAUGAUUUUGUUGUAGUUGCUUAGGAGAAAUCCUGACUUCUUUGAGCUUGAAAACUGUUGCUCUGUUACCCACCUGCCAUCUUCCUGUGCUGAAGGAGCAGACCUUCGUUGAGGCAGCUCUUAAAAUGGAGCGAGCCACAAAUCUUCCAAAGCUGCAGUUUUCCAUCUGGAACCUUGAAUUGCUGCUGAGUUAAGAACUCAGAACCGAAUGGAUGUGUUGGUGGUGUUCUGGGCAUGAAGCCUGUCAGAUGGCACGAGGAAGUGGCACCAGCUCAGGUCUGAGCAUUCACUCCGAGCUGCAGCACAGCCUCAGUUCUGACAAAGAUACGGAUUGGCAGCAGCGGCACUUUGGAAUCCAAGCGGCGCACUGAGCAGAAGGCACAGCUGCAUGCAGCAGACUCAGGACAUUUCACUUUCCGUUUCUUGCUGGCUGCAGCCCUGCAGGGUGUGGUAGGCUGUGUGCUGCUGCUGAGCAUUCAGAGGAGCUCGACAAAGGGAGCAUCAGUGCCCGAUUAUGGUGCAUGCAAAGAAACCAUCUGAGAUCUGAGGGCGGCAGCGUGUGUGAAAGAUGGCUCGAUAUGCCCUUCUGCUUGAAGCUGGCUGAGGACACCUGGGCAGAUGAGAGCAAGCAGAGCACGGAGUAUGCUGGCCCUUUUCCACCUGGGAGCAGUUACUUAUGGUAAAUCUGGGAAAUGUGCUUUUUUAUGGCAAAGGUAAGAGUAGAACACGUGUUCAAAGCCAAGGUCCACACUUCCUGUCCCUUGCCCUAUCCCCUUCUGCUACUUCCUGAGAUGCAGCUUUCCUAGCAGCUCAACCCACCCCCAUCAUUUCAGGGCCAAACUGGAGGCUUUGGGCUGGAAGAAGCAUGGAGACCCAAAUCAAAAAUUGGAUGGUCCCUCUCAGCAGCGUGGCAUUGUCCUGAUGGGAUGGGAUGGCUCAGUUUUGGUGGGUGUCGAGCACUUGUGAUCAGCAGCAGCCACAGCCACUUCUCCUUCAGUGAAUGAAAACUACAGCAGUAAACAGCAGAGAAAGUGUGGAAUAGUGCGGGGUGGUCCUGGCUGGGAGUCAUGGGGUGAUGACAUUUAGCAGAGGAAAGUUUCAGCGCAGCACAAAGGAAAAUGUCCUGAGGCUGUGCUGGCCCUCAGGGGAUGGGAAGAGCCCCUUGGCCUGAGUCAUGGGGGGGUGGGCAGGAAAGAGCCGUGGAAAAUGGGCAGUCAGGAGCAGCCCUGCUGGCAGCAGCCUGUGACCUACAUGGGAUUUUCCAACUCCCAAUUUAUGUGAAGUGGAAAGUGAUUUAUUUUGCUUAACGUUGCUUUCCUAUAAUGCGUAGUACCUAGAGGGGAGGUGCAAAGCUUGGGGUAAGGAGUGCCUUCAGGAAUCUGCCUGCUGCUGCAGGAGCAGCACUUCCCCAUUGCUGCUGGUUUGGGCUGGGGGUCACAUCUCUGUCCUGCCCACAUGUCCCUACAGUGGCACUGCUUGCAUAUCCCUGAGAAACAAAACAACCCAAGUCGCACAGCGGUGCCCUCUCUUACCUCAAGAGUCGCUGCUUUUUCUCCAUAUCCAGGUCAGCUGAGAGGCACUGAGUCAGCGGCACAACGUGGAGAUGAAACACAGCCCCAGAAGGGUGUUUGGAAAGUCCUGCAAAUCUGCCAGAAGUGCACGUGAUGAAGGAUAACGGUGUGGGGGGGUGGGAGGAGGGUGGGCUGCCUCUCCUCACAGCAAUCCGAGGCUGAUGCUGCUUUCUGAGCGCUGCCUGUUGUGAAUCACUGGCUUUGAUGGGAAUCCAUUCAGGCAUCCAUUUCUGCAGCUGUUUCCUGUGUAUGUGGAGCAUUGUGUGAGCUGUAAGAGUGUUUCAAGUUACCAGGACAGGGUGGUCACUUUAAUCAUCAUGAAGAUCUGAACAAAGAACCACAUGUGCAUUUUGGGAAAAGUACCUCAAAAAAGGAAUGCCAGCAACCCCCAGAAGUGUGCAGAAAGAGGUCAGAUGGGGGGAUGAUUUAUGGCCGCUGUGGGUGUAACCAAGUAGCAGCAUUGCCUCACUGCUUUUAUAGAUUGCUGGUUGCCAACUUAAUUAUGUUUGCUGAUGUCUUUUUUGGGUUUUGUUUUUGUAGAUUCCUUCUAAAAAUAGCAGCAGCACCUCCUCAGAGGGUUACUGAGGCAGCUGCUGGAGCUCAGAGGAGACUGUAAUUCGUAUGCUAAAGCCACACAGGGAUGGCUGGGCUUUGUAAUUCCUGUGCUAUAAAGCAAAAGAAGCAAAAGUUGCAUCCGAAGAGCCCACAGAAAUUCAGAGGGUGAGGAUAUUCCACUCCUGCUGUGCUCCUCAUGGAAGGAAGCACCACUGGCACUGAGGAUUCUGUUGGCACACACAGCACACCUAGCAG